CGCGGAUGUUGAACAGGGGAGGUAAACAUUCUAACAAAGUAAAAUCUUCUUUUUCAAGGCUAACAUUAUCAAUCUGCGGGGAGGUUCACAAUCAUGGAAAAUGGCAGGGACACAUUUCCAUUUCCCUAUCAGCCCUACAACAUCCAGGAGCAGUUUAUGCAAGCCCUGUACAGUGCUCUUGACCAGGGCAAAGUUGGAAUCUUUGAAAGUCCAACUGGGACGGGCAAGUCUCUGAGUCUGAUAUGUGGAGCGCUGAGCUGGCUCACUGACUUUGAGGAGAAGAGGAAACAGGAGUCAGCUGCUCUGCUGCAUGAAGGAGAAGCAGCUCUCUCCACUGUCACUGCUCCAUCCUCCACUAGCAGCUCAUCUGCAGGGCCAGACUGGAUCACUGAUUUUGUUCAAAAAAAAGCAGAUCGUGAUUUGGUGUCAAAGUUGAAGGACGAAGAAUUGAAAAGAAAGAAGAGGGAAGAACGAUUAGAAAUGAUCAGAAAUAACGUUCAACUGAAGUAUGCAAUGAAAAGAAAAAGCUGUGAAGAUGAAGAGGCAAUAAAAUUGCUCCAGCUCAGUAAAGAGGAACAAACCGAGCCCCAAGGAGAUCAAGAGGACGAGGAGCUCAUCAUCGCAGAAUAUGAGAGCGAUGACGAGUCAAAGACCAAGAGCAGAUUUUCUGCUACUGAGGAAGACGACGAUCUGGUUGAAGAACAUGUUACUAAGAUUUACUACUGCAGUCGCACUCACUCCCAGCUGGCCCAGUUUGUUCAUGAGGUUCAAAAGAGUCCCUUCAGCAAGGACAUCAGUCUGGUCACCCUGGGCUCACGGCAGAAUCUGUGUAUCAACGACGAGGUGCGACGCCUUGGCAGCAGCCAACGCAUUAAUGACCGCUGCUUGGAGAUGCAGAAAAACAAACAUGACAAGCAUCAGGAAGAGGGUGUAAAACGUAAGCGGGGCCCAGCAAAGAGUGUGUGUCCCUAUAAUAAAGCUACGGCUCUGCAGCAGAUGAGGGACGACGUUCUGGGGAAGGUCCACGAUAUAGAGCAGAUGCUGAAGCUGGGCAGAGAGACACACUCAUGUCCGUACUACGCCACGCGCCUCUCUGUUCCCCCUGCUCAGUUGGUGGUGCUGCCCUAUCAGAUUUUGCUUCAUGAAGCAACAAGGAAGGCAGCAGGGAUCCAGCUGAAGGGUCAGGUGGUGAUCAUAGAUGAAGCGCACAAUCUUAGUGACACGCUCUCCUGUAUACACAGUGCCGAGCUCACUGGAGCGCAGCUAUGCCGUGCCCACUCGCAGCUCACCCAGUAUUCUGACCGCUACAAGAGCAGACUGAAGGCAAAGAACCUCAUGUACAUUAAACAGAUUCUGUUUGUGGUUGAAGGGCUUGUCCGGGUGCUGGGAGGUAAGGUGGGGCAGAAUCCACAGACCCAGACUACACAAACAGGAACGGAAGUGCUCACCAUUAACAACUUCCUCUUCAAGGCUCAGAUCGACAACAUCAACUUGUUUAAGUUGCCGAGAUACUUUGAGAAAAGCCUGAUCAGCAGAAAGCUGGGCGGCUUUGUGGAGAAGUAUGCAGGAUCAGGAGUGAGUCUGCACACUCAGAACUCCAUCAAGGAGAACCGCCGCACAGAAGGCCUGAACCGCUACCUGCAAACGCUGCAGAGCAACCCAACGCCAGGAUCUUCAGCUGACCAGCAGGGGUCAGAGGCAGAGAAAGUGCUCUCUGCAUCUCCCAUGAUGCAGGUGGAGGGUUUCUUCAUGGCUCUCACCAACAGCAACACAGACGGCAGAGUGGUGGUGCAGAGACAAGGUACUGUUUCAGAGAGCAGCGUGAAGUUCCUGCUGCUGAAUCCAGCGGUGCACUUCGCUCAAGUGCUGGAGCAGAGCAGAGCCGUCAUCAUCGCCGGAGGAACCAUGCAGCCUGUUUCAGACUUCAAACAAGAGCUCCUAUUUUCUGCCGGAGUGGGAGAAGAGCGCAUCACUGAGUUUUCCUGUGGUCAUGUAAUUCCUCCGGAGAACAUUCUUCCCCUCGUCUUGUGCAGAGGUCCCUCUGGUCAGGAGCUGGAUUAUACUUUCCAAAGCAGAGACACUCCACGCAUGAUGGAUGAGACGGGGCGAAUUCUCUCCAACAUCUGUAACGUGGUCCCCGGCGGCGUCGUGUGCUUCUUCCCUUCCUACGAGUACUCCAGACGCAUCGUUUCUCACUGGGAGGCCAGCGGGGCACUGAGUCGUCUCGCUAACAGGAAGAAGAUCUUCCAGGAGCCAAAGAAAGCCAACCAGGUGGAGCAGGUGCUGAGCGAGUUCUCUCGCUGUAUCCAGAGGUGUGCUGCAGAUCCCGGCAGGCUCACGGGAGCGUUGCUGUUCUCUGUGGUCGGAGGAAAGAUGAGUGAGGGCAUCAAUUUCUCAGAUGACCUGGGCAGGUGUGUGGUGAUGGUGGGGAUGCCAUAUCCCAACAUCAAAUCCCCAGAGCUGCAGGAAAAGAUGUCCUACCUGGACAAAUACCUGCCUCACAAUGGAGGAAAGAGCCCCGGCCAAGCACUGAUAGAAAACCAGUGCAUGAAGGCUGUCAAUCAAUCCAUAGGAAGAGCUAUCCGUCACCGUGGCGACUAUUCCUCCAUCGUGCUGUGUGACAGACGUUACGCUCGACCUGCGACGCUCUCUAAACUCCCAGAGUGGAUCAAAGAGCGCACCAGCACACACACCACCUUUGGCCCUGCUUUUGCUGCCUUACGGAAGUUCUUCCUGGAGAAGAAGCAGAAGCAGGUGUAGUGUCACCUACAGACAGCUUAGACGUUUCCAAAGACCGAGGUUAGGAGGAACUCCCGGGAAACCCAGUGUAACAGCAAGCGGUCACUGAGCGAAUGAAAUGUUCUAAUAAAACAAUAUUGAGAGAAAAUAAGGGACCCUCUUUGAUAAGUUGCGUAACAAAAUAUGUUGUUGUUGCUAACAGCUUGAGGCCAUCAGACCUCUGAAUGCUCCUGGCUUGAAUUCAAAGGUCAACCAGGAAGACAGUUUGAUCCAACUUGAUUUAUUUUACGUUUCAUAUCCUAUCAAUUUCUUGUGCUCUGUCUUGGCUAGCUCAUGUCUCUGCUUUAGAGAAAUUACGACCAUUUCGAGAAGGAUGAAUACAAGUAUAUGAUGGCACACUGUAGACAAAGAGACAUUUAUCAUACGACUCGGGUAAUUAAGUCGUUCAAUGUCUUGAAUUCAGCCUUGAAUAUUUAAAGCGUUCGAUGUUAAAUGUUACUCAACGCAGAAAUUACGUUUAUUAAAGGUUGAGAUGUUAGUAAAAAGGUUCGAUGAUUUGAGUGAGUGUUAUAAUAAUAUUUGCUUGUGAAUUAUGUGUUACAAUGAAUAUGAUUAUCAAUAAGUUGUUUUUAUUUGCUUUCA